AUGGAACUCUCGAGCGCCGAAACCAACCCUCACGCGCCCCUGCGCUUAUUAUCACUCGAUGGCGGAGGAGUGAGAGGACUGUCAAGUCUAAUGGUACUGGAUGACCUGAUGGAAAGCAUUGCACAAGAAGAAAAGAGGUUAGGAAGACGACCGAACCAUGAAAUCAGCCCACUCAAGCCUUGUGAUUAUUUCGAUUUGAUUGGGGGGACAAGUACUGGCGGAAUCAUCGCUAUUCUCCUUUCUCGACUUCAAAUUGAUUGCAAGCAAUGCAUCGGCAUCUACACAAAGCUCGCCGAACAGAUCUUCAAGAACGACAGAUCAAUCAAGCUCUUUGGGAGGAAAAUACCGACAGGAGCGAAUCGAUUCUCGGGAUUUGUUUUAGAGAACGCGAUCAAGCAAGCCCUGGUCGACCUAGGUUACGAUUCGGACGAGUUAAUGUGGGACGACUCGCUCUUCGAAGAGCUACCCGAAAGUGAACUGCCUCGGGACAGCAUAUGGUCUGACACCGUACCGGAGAUCGUCACAGAAAGCCCUGUCGGAACCCUGAAAAGCGCUCCAGGCUUGAUACCAUGCUCUAAUGGAGCGCCAUCGCCACCUAGCCACAUUGCCGACGAACAACAGCCCCUACUGUCUGCGGCAGAUAGAAAUAACCCUUUCGCGAAAGCGACACCAUGCAGGAGUGAUACGUGGCAACUCAAGUCCCGGAAAAGCGUGCACAGAAAAAGGAAUGCGAAAGGCUGCAGAGGCUUUGUCCUCACAUCGCUGAAGCAAGCGCUGGGAUUGCCUAGAAUAUUAUCGACGUAUGAUCCCAACGACCGCACAACAAAGAUCUGGGAGGCUUUACGAGCAACCUCUGCGGCGCCGACCUUUUUCGAAGAGAUGCAAUUUGGUACACCGAAAGUCACAUAUCUGGACGGCGGGGUUGGGUUCAAUAACCCGUGCGCGGAAGUUGAUUACGCAGCGAAGGCACUGUGGGAGGGGCGACCCAUCGGCGUCAUUGUCUCAGUUGGCACUGGACUUCAGUCAAUCCCAAGCGUUGGCAACGUCAGUUCUUGGUUACCAUUCGGAUUGGGAACGGACAUUGCUCUAAUUUCUGCCCUUGCAGGAAUGGCGACUAGUACCCAACGAGUUGACAAUGAGAUGAAAAGAAUGUACUACAACACUUCUACAAGGUACUACCGCUUUGAUGUAGAUCGCGGUCUGGCCAACGUCAGCCUUGAGCAGUGGAUGAAGGAAGACGAGAUGGCAGCACUCACAGAAGCAUAUAUGCGUGACGCAAAACAGCUUCGAAUCGCACGACAACUAGGCGAGCUGAUGGCCAAGCUCUCUGCUUUACCUCCCAAAUUCGAGAUCUCUGCCACGCACUUCCGAGUCGGCAUGGAUGGCCGUGGACUGAUUGAUCAGUCCUUCCAACUUGUUCAAGUCGACUUCAAAACCGGUCUUCCUCUUGGGGUAGUGAGUACAAUGGAGCAUCAAUCACGCUUGAGCCAGCUCCGCGACACAUCUCCCUCCGGCGAAGGUGGGGUGACAGUCAGCGAUGGUAGAUUGAAGCGUAUAUUCCCCGUGGCAGAAGAUCUCGAUCACGAUGGCCGGAGAGAGGAAGCAACAGUGUACCAAUGCAUCAACGCCGAGAAUAUAUGUUUGCGCACCAUCAAGACAGGCAUUCCUCAAGGCCGCUACCGCGUGCAAUUCAUCGUUUCCUUUCAUUCCAGCAAGCACACGCCGCCGCACAACCUUGUUUUCUCCGUCGGCAAGCCAUUUGACGCAACGACGUUCGCGCAGCGCUAUGUAGACGCGAACAUCACACCUGAUGUCGUGCCUGUUCUUCUCCGUCCUGACGCAGUCAGAGUGCGUAUUGGAAAGACGAGGUACGAGGAGAGCAUCGGAAAACUGUGGAGGGAGAUUGAGGGUGACAUCGAGGUCAAUGUGGGACUGGAUGGGGCUCUAGGGUUCAUUGUGAGUUGUAAGUUUGAAGAAGGAGUCAUCAUUGAUGGCUGGACAUUCGGAGGUGUGAGGCUCGAGCCUGUGUUUGGCAAGCCGGGAGAUCUGUUGACGAGAACCUUACCACAUAGAUAA